AUGUAGUCAACAACUUUUAGAACAGUGAGAACUGCAGACAAGGAGCAUCAAGAUGGAACUUUCUUGACAGAACCAAUUAUAGCCAGUUUUCCAAAUAACAUGCCCUCAGCCUAGUAACUUCAAAGACUUCAAUUCAACAUUCUCCAAUAAGAGUCUAAGACUAGUUUGGUGUCUAAAUAAAAGAGAAGAUUAAUUAAAGCUGAUUUUAAGAAUGCAAAUGGUGGAGUGAGAUAUUCUGCUAAAAACUUUGGUCACGACAUUAACACCAAAGAUCAAGCAAGUGACUAUUAUUUAGGUGUAUUUUCAGCAGAGGAUAACAAGGUGAUCAUGCUACCAGUUACAAGCUGCUACCAAUUCACUCAGGAAAUAGAAAAGUUUGCAGAGAUUUACGGAGGAGAGGAAGAUAAUGAAGCCAUCAAGUAAAUGAACUACAUGAGCUAGAAACUUUAACUAGCCAAUGCGUUCGGAACAACCCAGUCAAAGAAGAAGAUCACAUCAAUGCUAACAAACAUGAUUGAGGAUGGAGGAAUAACCAAUCAAGCCAAUAAGGGUAUUAGAGAUCACAGAUUGGCUGACAAGGCUCACUUGAUUGAAAAGGACUAAGAUGCCCUCAAGCAUGAAAUCCUUAAUGCCAGUCAAAGAAAGCAAGAACUCUACUCAGUAGAGAAGCUACUGCCAGGUGAUCUCAUGGAUGAAAUCGCAUAUAAGAAUACUUUCAAGGCAUUAUAGAACUAGGAUGAAGAAUUGUUGAAAUAGUAUUUCUUAAACCAUUACGCUAUUGACAUGGUGAGAGAUGCUCAUGCUUAAUUUGACAGAAUUCAAAGUAAAUCUGAAAAGAAGAUGCUACUCAGAGCUUGCAUUUAUCUAGACAAUCUAAUCUCUUUCAAAAAGCUGCCUCUACACAUUGAGAUCUCUGAGGACGAGUGUGCUUCAAAGCUAAAAAUGCAGCCAGUGAUAUUUGUUAAAAUGAGGGAGACAUUCUCCUAAGUGUCUUUUAAAAAUCAAUCAUUGAUGAACAAUGAAAGAUCUGAUAACAGUUCUGCUAAUGGCCAAUACUAAUAUGUAAAAGACAAGGAAAAGUCCAAAAUCCUUAUUUGUCACAUUAUAGGAAUAAUAGCCUACUUAAAGCAUAAUAUCCAAUUCAGAGCUGGUAAGAUUGCCAAGUUCCUCAAGAUGCCCGUGAGUGAUUUGAAAAGCUAUCUUUAGGAAUUAGGACUUGAGUACACCCCUACUAAAGAUAAAUACGGUAACGAUGACUUGCUUAUCUCAAACAGUACAAAAUAAUACAAGGAAAAAAAAUCAGGUGAUAAAAAGAAAAACUAAAAAGGAGGCGAGGCUUAACCCAAUUCUCACAAAAAUGACAACUCAAUUAAAGCAGAACAAUAAAACUAGCAGCAAAAUGAAUAGGUUGGAAUCAAAAGAACUAAAAGGUAAUAGAAGAGAGAUGAUGAACUUUCAAGGCUUGCAGGAUAGUUUAAGGAUGAUUGA